AUGGAUUUCAGUUCCUCAUCAGUGUUUGAUCAGCCCAAAGGCAUACUCCUCCCUGUAGAUGAUACAGCAGAAGAGAUUGACUUGACUGUGGUUUACCAAGCAGCAGCUAAUGGUGAUGUGAACACACUAACUGCAGUGAUUCGAGAAGAUCCUUCCAUCCUGGAAUGCUGCGACAGCAAGGGUUGCACACCUUUGAUGCACGCUGUGUCAGGAUGCCAGGUCGAUACAGUGAAGCUUCUGUUGAAGAUGGGAGACAAUAUUAAUACUCAAGAUGCUUGUGGACGUACCAGUUUAUCUCUGGCAACUUAUCUGGGCUGGCUGGAAGGCUGUGUCAGCCUGCUCAGAAACGGUGCUAAGCAGAACAUACCCGACAAAAACGGGAGGUUGCCACUACAUGCUGCUACCACAGAGCCUGAUGUGAGGCUUCUGAACGUGCUUCUGCAGCAGUCAAAUCUUGGUGAAAUUAAUCAUCAGGACAAUGAGGGAAUGACUUCACUCCACUGGGCUGCUUUCCACAACAGGCCCCAGCAUGCCCAGACUCUUCUGCACAAGGGAGCAGAUCUGACUCUGGUGGACAAAGACUUCAAAACAGCUCUGCACUGGGCAGUACAGAAGGAAUAUCGACCCCUGGGGGUAGUCUUCAUUGAUUUAGCGAAAGCCUUUGACACCGUGAGCCAUUCUCACAUCAUUAUGGCUCUUAAACAGAAGGGCGUUGACAAACAUAUUAUUGCCCUGAUUAAAAAUCUCUAUCAUAAUAUUAACAUCCCUAUUGUCCUGAAAAAUGAGCAGUUGGAUCCUAUUGGGAUUCGGAUUGGAGUAAAACAAGGCGAUCCAAUGUCUCCAAUUUUAUUUAACUUAUCUGUGGACCCUCUGCUGUGUAAGUUGGAGGAAGAUGGGUUUGGGUUCCAACACUGCUCAAAAAAUAUAACUACUUUGGCCUUUGCAGAUGACUUGGUCCUAUUAAGUGAAUCCUGGGACGGAAUGCAGAAAAAUAUUGAAAUUUUAGAGAUCUUUUGCAAUCUGACAGGCCUCAAAACACAAGGGGAGAAGUGCCAUGGCUUUUACAUCCAGUCCAUGGAAGAUGCUUAUAUGAUCAAUGACUGUCCAACAUGGACAAUAAAUGGCACACCCCUCAAUAUGAUUGAUCCAAGUAGUUCGGAAAAAUACCUGGGCCUACAUAUAGACCCAUGGGUGGGAAUAUCUAAGCCGGAACUACUAGAAAAACUGAAUGAAUGGUUAAGACAGAUUGGGCAGGCUCCAUUGAAGCCGUUUCAGAAAGUGAAACACCCACCAAGGAUGCCUUUGCACUGGGCUGCAGCAUCAGGGAAAGCUGACUGUGUGCAGACACUGCUAGAGCUGGGGAUAGACAGCACCCCUCGAGACAUCAAUGAAAACACUCCUCUGACAUAUGCAAUGUACUGUGGGCACACAGCAUGCAUCAAGCUGCUGUCUCAGGAGAGCAGUAGAUCUGAGCCAGUUCAUCAGUUUCCCUCCCAGAACAAUAGACUCCUAAAGAAAGAAGGAAGAUUCAGUAUGCUGAACCACAUCUUCUCUUGCAAAAAGAAGAAAGAUGAUCAGAAAACCAGUCAGAAGGACAGAAACAGAGACCAAUAUCCUAGAGAAGAGACCUCAGAAGUAGAUGACAUCAUCACCACUUUUGAUUGCAUUAUGGACACAAACUGCAAAGACUUUUUGGAUGAGUGUGUGACCACUACUGACUUUAAAAGAAGGAGCACAGACACAAAGUACCUUAUACCAGAAAAGAAGCCACCAGAGUGUCAGGGACUUCUGCUCAUCAGAACCCAGAGCCCCCCCCCAAUCACUGCGGGCAAUUCUUUCCUAUCUGCUUCCCAGAGCACAAUGUCAAGCUUCUCCUCCAGCACCAGCACCCACUAUUUUGCACACAGGUCUCAAAAGAGUAGGAGUGAACACAACUUGCUGGACCACAGAAGCAGCUGCCAGGCUUUGUUGGAUGACCCCUGGAACACAGACUCUAACCAACUACUCUCCUAUAAAGUCCAUACUAGGACUCCUUCAGACAAACUGAUAAAUUACUUAAACUCCGAUAGAUCUCACCAUGUGCUUUUGUGCCCUCCUCGCCUUCCCUCACUUCCCAGUUCUCUGUCAGGUAAAAAUUUUCAACAGAUGUCUGUAGACCAACCCAAAAUAAAAAAUCUUACUCCUGUACGGAACAGCCUAGCUCCCAUACCCAACCACUAUGCUCACAAAAUUCAGCUACCGUCUCAGGGUGCUAAGAAGUUUAAGUCCCUGCCUUUAAAUUCCCUAAGGACUGGUGCAGUUAUUCUCCCACCAGCCCCAUCCUCCAGAUCUCAGAAAAGGGGACAUUCUCAGAGUCAUUUGCUAUAUUCUUUCUUGCCUGGUCUAUCAGGAGAGCCUCUGAAACCAAGUCAUGUCCUACCUGCUAUCCUAAGCCAGAAGAAAUCUAAGCCUGCAGGAGAGCUUGAGAAAUCUCUCACCAAACCAGAUGCUGAAAAUUAA